AUGACGAGGCGGGGUUUGCUGGUUGGGUUUGGACUCCUCGUCACAUUGUUCAACACGCAAGCAUUUGCUGCAGUUGACGAUGCUCGGACCCAAUACAGGAAAGGAAUUCAAGACUUUGUAAACGGCAGAGUCAAAGAAAGCGUGGAGGCCUUUGAUAGAGCAAUUGAGCUUGACUCGACAUAUGCGGAUAUUCUAUGGCAGAGGGGCUUGAGCUUGUACUACUGUGAUCGAUUUGACGAAGCUUCAAAACAAUUUGAAAGAGAUGUACGCCUCAAUCCAAGAGACACCGAGGAAGCUAUCUGGAGAUUCUUCUCACAGGCCAGGACAGCCGUUGGUUUCUCAGAUGCUCAGAAGCAAAUCUUGAGAGUGGAAGGAGAGACACGAGAGUACAUGAAGUUGAUCUACGGUGUUUGCAGAGGGGCCAUUCCGCUCCAGGAGUUGGAAGAGAAAGCUUUGAGUGAUCAAUUCUACUACAACCUGUAUGCUGGCUUGAUUGCUGAGGCCCAGGGCCGUCCUGCAGCUGCUCAGAAUUUCCUCGAUAGAGCUGUGAAGAGCCCCUACAGCAAGGAAGGCGACUACAUGUGGUUCGUUGCGUCGGUUCAUUGCAAGUUACGAGGUUGGAACAAGUGA